UCAGCAUCCCCGCUCUCUGUGUGGCUCCCCUGCAAACUAUCAGGAAAAAAGCCCCUUCAGAUGCAAGUUUCCGGGAGUCAGCAAGUGUAUGAGACAGGUGUUGACCACAGCCUCCCACUUACUCUCCUCUCCAGGAGGAUGUGAGCAUCCCCGCCGGUGCGGACUGGCUCUCAAUCACAGUUCCUUUAUCCCGGUGCCAGAAGGAGCAUCCUGAUUAUUUUCGAAACGAGAGAAAAAGGAAAUGAAAACUAACUUCCGGCCCUCUCGGGAUCCAGACCACAGCUCUGGACUCAGGCAGCAGCUCAUCAAAGCCAUGAAGUAACAAAACUGUGCUGCCCUCUGUCUUCAGAAGGGAGAAGUGCUCUGAGUGCCCAAUCUAAAAACGAAAGUAAAAACUAGGAAACAGAAACUCAACUGCACAAGCAAUCAGAAACUUCACUUCCUGGAGAGUGAGCUAAAUUGAAGGUAUUUCAGCAAACACUAACCUCCAUCCCGAGAGGGGCAGAAUGGUUUUGGACAUUAGAACGUGGGAGCAGACGUUUCAAGAACUGAUCCAGCAGGAGAAACCCUGGGCCAAGUGGACCCUGAAGUUGAAUGAAGACAUUGAGCCUGAUUCUGUGGCCCCCAAGUGGAAGCAGCACCAGCAGACAGCACCUGGCAGGUUCUCGUGUACCUUGUGUCAUCAAAGUUGGGAUUCUGCCCAGGUGAAGAUCCUGUGCCAUGUGUACUGGGACCACUGGACAUGCCAGGGCCAGGUGUUUAUGCGGCUUUUUGCUCAGAAAUGCCAGAAGUGUUUAUGUUCCCAACUUGAGAAUCCUGAGUUCUCCACUGAUAGCAUCAUGAAGAUUCUGGAAACCCUGGUACAGUAUAUUCUGCAGAGAUACUAUGGACAUGGCUUCAGGAGGAGGCCAGUGAUCUGGGCCGUGCCUCUGCAAGGGCCCCAUGACACACACAAAUGUCAGUCCUGCCUUCGAGGCACGUGUGUGCAGGGCUCACAAAGACGUAUAAUAGCAAAGCCAUCCAGUUCCUCUCCCCACUCCCUGGGGAUUCAGGGUUCUUCACAUCCAUAUGGUGGUGUUUUAGACACCAAUAAGCCCAAGUUUUCCUUGGACAUCCUUAUAUCAGUCUUUUUUAUAAUUUCAUGUUUGAUUGUCAUUUUGAAUGAGCUUAAAAAAUAAGUUUGCCUUCUUCUCUUGUGUUAAUUACAUGUUAAUAAACUGGCUGCUGAUUUCGUA